AUGGAAAGUAACAAGGAGAAGAAAAUCUCAGAGAACGAUUACGUAGGUGCCAAGAAAUUCGUCAACAAGGCUGAGAAUUUGUAUCCAAAGCUCGAUGGAUUGAAACAAGUGUCGAUGAUGAUCGAUGUCUACAUCUCUGCAUCAGACAAGAUCAACAGAAAAGGAGAAGCUGAUUGGUAUGGAGUUCUUGGUGUUGAUCCUUCGGUUACUGAUGAAGAUUUGAAAAGACAGUACAAGAAGUUAGCUCUUUUGCUUCAUCCUGACAAGAACAAGUUUACUGGCGCAACCGAGGCGUUUAAGCUGAUCUCAGAAGGUUGGUGUCUCUUAUCUGAUAAGGCUCAGAGAUUUUCUUAUGAUCUUAAGAGGAAAUCAACAGAUACGCAGAGUGGAGUGUACCAGAAAGAACCAAAGCGACACAAGCCAGACUUUUCAGGGAAUAAGCCGAAACAUGAGUAUGAUUAUGAGUCUGAGUCUGACCCUGAGGCUGAGACUGAGACUGAGCCUGGCUUUACAUGGAAUAAGGCUCAAUAUAAGCGUGAGCCAGAUUUUUCAUGGAAUUAUGUGAAAGCCAGUACCUUUUGGACAAAACAGGAUUUUGUUGUAACCGAGAUAGAACUCGAGGAGAUCGGAGGGAGGCGAGUCAUCAGGUUCAAUAAAAGCAGAACUGAUACUUAA